UCCCGCCACACUCUCGCCUCGCCGCAAAACUUCCCGCCAUUUCCUUUCACGUCGUUCCAUCGCCAAAAAGCAGCCGCCUCCCUCUCUCUCUCUCCCAAUCCACGCGUCCCCUUUUCCCGUCCCUUCCCUUCCUCCCAAAGCUUCCACAAGAAUCCACCCACUUCAACAAUGGCGUCGCCGCCGGACGCCGCCCUCACCGACUACGAGCGCCUCCGGGAGGAGAACAUCCGCCGCAACGACGCCAUCCUCGCCUCCCUCCGCCGCAAGGCCUCCGAGCUCUCCGCCGCCAUCCAGUCCUCCUCCUCGUCGAAGCGCCCCAAGAAGCAGCCGCCGCCGCCGCGCGCGACCCCGAUCCCCGUCGUCCUCCGCCGCUCCCUCCGCACCAGGGGCCUCCCCCCCUCCACCUCCACCUCUUCCUCCUCCGCCGCCUCCCCGCCCGCGCCCGAGUCCCCUCCGGAGGCGCCCUGCAGCACCCGGCUCUCCUCCUCCCUCGCCUCCGCCAUCCUCGCGGCCGCGUCCGCCUCGCCAGCCGCGCCGCCUCCCGUCCGUGACGACGGCUUCGAUGCCGGGGCGGAGCUGGUGCUGAGGCCCUCGCACGUGAGGAGGGUGGUGCCGGACAGGAUACUGUCGGUGCGGGUCCUGCCGCUGGUGGACCGGACCGUGGUGGCGGCGGGGAACAAGCUGGGGAACGUUGGGUUCUGGGACGUGGACGGCGGCGCCGUGGCGGGUGCAGAUGGGGUGUUCGAGUAUUUGCCUCACAGGGGCCCUGUGGGGGCAAUCGUCUCACACCCAGCUACGCCGCAGAAGAUUUACAGCUGUUGCUAUGAGGGUGAAAUUUGUCUUAUGGACCUUGAGAAAGAGAACUUUAAUAUGAUCUAUCUGACUGACUAUCCUAUUUUCUCACUUUGUCAAGCGCCAAAUAGCCCCAGCUCUCUAUAUCUUGCUGAAGGAAAUGAUCUGAAACUUUUUGAUGAGAGGAUGGGUAAGGUGUCAGCCACAUGGAAUUUACAUGAUAAUAGAAUCAACUCAAUAGAUUUUCAUCCAGAGAACACAUAUAUGCUUGCCACAAGUUCAACGGAUGGAACUGCUUGUAUGUGGGAUUUGAGAAACAUGAAAGAGAAGGAACCAGAGAGCUUGAAGGUCCUUGAACAUGGGAGAUCUGUUCAGUCUGCUUAUUUUUCACCUAGUGGCCGCAUGGUUGCAACUACAAGCCUGGAUGAUACUGUCCGAAUUUUUAGUGUGGAUGACUUCGGCAACUCGAGCAUAAUGAAGCACAAUAACAAGACCGGGAGAUGGCUUUCUACUUUCAAGGCAAUCUGGGGCUGGAAUGACACUGACCUGUUUAUUGGAAACAUGGCGCGGGCAAUAGAUAUCAUUUUGGUUGAUCUGAAUGGCAGUAGCCUCUUAGCUAUGAACAACGCACGUCUCGAGAGCGAACACAUGACGGCCAUUCCGGGCCGGUUCUCUGCACACCCAUAUAAAGUUGGCCAUCUUGCUUGUGCAAGCUCUGGUGGCAAGGUGUUUCUUUGGACCAGAGCAUGAAGCAGCAAGAUCUCCAGUGGCUGGUUCUUUUGACCCAGCUCUUGGUAAGGUGUUAAUUUUGACGGUUGCAACACCUAAGCCUUGUUUCAUGACCCCUCAUGAUGAAAUGUAUAAUAGUAGUAGUUAGUCUGUUCUUGCCUUCUGUUUUCUGACGUUUGAGCUCUUGGAGCUUUCAUGUAUCCCUCUAGGGAAAGUUUGUUUAGUAUGAUUGGAAGCUAUGGAGAUAAUCAUAAUAUAUAGUAGCAUUGUUCCUUCAAA